CAACAUUUUUCCUAAUAGAUUUAAAGAGAGAACAAAAAGGGAAAGAAAAAAAAAAAAAAAAAAAGGCAUUGUCAUCUCCUAUAUAAGCCUGAACCAUUUCCAGCUACCCACAAGCCAAGCUUUCCAUAUUUUGACAUAAAGGCAAAUUAACAUGUCCUGCCCGACAGUCACUUCCACCACAACCCACUUAGCAAAUGCCGGCGUUACCUCAGUUGACUGCCAGAAACAAGUCCGUUCCUGGCGGCUUCUCCGUUCCCUUAUCGCACUCCUUAUCCCCACCUGCAACCGCACCCUCAUCCAAGACCCAGAAAGUAAACACCAAACCCAUCAUCCAAGGCAUCUUUACAGUUCUAAUUAUAGUGUUAUUACGGGCACCAUCUUCAGUUAUCGGAGGGGAAAAGUCCGGUUUUGUAUCCAAGCAAACUCCAAGUCUACCAACCCAAUUCUCCUCCUUGAAUUUGCAGUCCCUACGCCAAUUUUGGCUCGAGAAAUGCGAGGUGGUGUCCUUCGGAUUACGCUGGAUUGCACCGAUACCGAGUCGGGUUUUCCGAUGCCGCUGUGGACUAUGUACUGCAAUGGAAGGAAAGUGGGGUAUGCGGUUAAACGCCAGCCGUCGAAAGCCGAUACGGAUGCUUUAAGGAAAAUGAGUUCGGUGGUCGUGGGCACUGGAACGAUCAGCGGAAAAGAAGUUGACAAUGAGGAUGAUGAACUAAUGUACUUGAGGGCUAACUUUCAGAGAAUUCGUGGUUCAACUGAUUCUGAAUCUUUCCAUUUGAUUGAUCCUGAAGGGAAUGUUGGUCAAGAACUCAGUAUCUUCUUUUUCCGCUCACGCUCAUCUCGGAAUUAAAUUGCAGUAGCGGUCGCAGUUUUUUAUAUCGUAACCACCGGAUCGGUGAGCUGAACCGGUUUUAUUUAGCCAAACCCCCCUCUUUUUUUUUUUUUUUUGAGCUGUGCUAAUUGGCAUAGCUUUAACAACGUGGUUAAAGAGCCAGAUUUGCGUAACAAUGAUCACUAAUUUUGCCUUUGCUGUGAUUGAUAUGUG